AAUGUAACGAACUGCUCCAAAGGAUAUCGUUUGCGUUCAUCUGGUGUACCCUGCUAGGAACCACGAUCAUCUUCGAAUGUCCUUCGAGGUGUCUUUAAAAAUGCCCGCCUUAGCUCCAAUCUCGCUGAACUCGCAACUGCUUCCAUCGCGCGAAUAUGCGAACUGUAAAGUUCGUUGUCCUUUCGAAUCUGUAAAGUUUAUGUAUAAAGCAGUAUAAAGUAAGAUACGUUCAUUGUACUACGUUUUUAUUGUCUUUAAAUAUAUGUCUGGUAAACUGAACACAAACUAGUAGACAACGUACGUUAAAGACAGGUUUACUCCACUCCUCUACUCCACCACGCUGAAGACUAAUAAAGAUGGAACAGUUUGAUCAUACACGUGCGAAGUGUUCGGCUGUGACAUCAUACUUGCGUUAUGAAUCUGAAAAAUAGAAUAUUAUGAUGGAAGAGCAUUUCCAAUAAGAUUCUCGCAAUGUUAUAUUUCUUUGUUGACAUUUGUGUGUUCUGACGAAAAUCGUUUCUUACAAAAUUUAUGAUCGUCGUGUACGUGUGAGGUUAUGUGCGUUCAACUGUACUUUAACAUCGACAACUAUAGAUCUUUUACAAAAAGCAUAUUAACAAUAGAUGUAUAUACCUCUAUAUAAAAAUAAUUUGUCAAUCGUAACGGAGAAUAAGUUGGUUAUAACGUUCGUUUGUCAUCGAUAUUUAAAACGUAACAAUCGUUAACAAUGGCUUCUGACAAGUCUGUCAAUUCAAAUUAUACGCUUCCAACGAAUGUUAAAAUAAAAGUAGAGCCUGGAACGUCGAUGCCUGUUCCUGUAACAAACAUAAAAAUCGAGCCUGGCUUAUCUGGCGCUACUACUACUACUACGACUAGGUUAACUUCUUUUCGCUUGCCAAGAGAUUUAACAUUAGGAGGCAAAAUCAAGACUGAGAAACCCAAAAAAGUAUACACACCGAAUUUAAAUGCUCAAAGAACAAAGAAAAAAGAAGAUGGGGCACAAAGUGAUCCAACAAAACCUCUUAGGACCAGGGACCAUAAUAGAGGACGUGGCAGGGGAGACAGGGGUGGCAGAGGUGAUAGAGGACGUGGAAGAGGGAACAAUCUAGUUCAAUCUAGCGGUAUCUGGUCUACUGGCAUAACUACUACACCAGGAGGGAAACGCAGUAGCAGUGGUGGUGGUGGCUAUAGAGAUAACGAUAGAAGCUCUCUUGCAUCUCUAGAAAAACCAAAAUUAGAAUUAAACCGUACUAUUGAUAAAGCAGAAGAGGAAGAAAAAUUGAAACUCCUAUUGAGAGAUGACUUUAUAGACGAUGAUGAACCACCAGAUUAUGAGUUUGGCCCUGUUAUGUUGCCAAUGAUCAAGGAAGCAAAAAUACCCAAGAAAGAAGUUAAGGUACCACUUGAAGAAGAAGAAGAAGAAGACAAAAAGCCGAUUAUUUUGGAGAAUGGGGAGGUAUUGCCACCAAAGAAAGAACCUAAAGUUAAGGUACUCAAAACUGAUACAGAGCCAAAAGAAGAGUUUGAUAACAUUCCUCAAAUGAUUGAAAAUAAAUCAAAUUCUUAUAUUUUAAUACAGUUUCCAGAUUGUUUACCAGGUUUUGUAAGCAGUGCAGAAGAUACUAGACCAAAUCGUUCAAACCCCUCGAGUCAUGAGAGAGAAAACGGAAAUAAUUCGCAAACAGAAAUGUGCACUUUAAAUGAUUUGAAGCCCGGUAUUUUAGGCAAAUUGCAAAUCUUAAAAUCCGGCAAAACGCGCUUACUGCUAGGUGAAAAUAACUUGAUCGUGGAUGUUGGAUCGCAUCUUAGCUUUCGACAAGAUCUUCUCGCUGCGAAAGUAGAUGCCAAACAAUUAAAUGGUGAUUUAAUUAAUCUUGGUCCUGUCAGUAACACGCUUAUCUGUUCACCUGAUUGGGAAUCCAUGUUGGCUAAGUUGUAAAUAUAUUUAUAAGAAGUACAUGUAAGUAAGUGUAUCACAUGUUCCUUAUUGUAAAAAAUACAUGAAGUGGGUAGAUUCUUAUAUUAUUUUAAAUACAAGAUACUUUUUCUGAAAAUCAUGUAUUUAAUACAGUAUACUUGUUACAGUAUACAUGAAAUAAGUUGCGUCACAUACAAAUUCGGUAGUAGUAAUUCCGAACUCUAAGUCAAAUUUGUAGUGAUCGUAGAUUAAGUUUCGUUACAUAACUUACGUAUACGAAUGCCGUAACGAGAGGGUGUGAUAAUAGUUUCAUAGAAAGUAUAAUAUUUGUCUUAAAGACAGAAUUUACUACUUUUAUUUUAAUAUAGAUAACUCUAGAAAAAUGAUUUUUACACAAAUUAAAUUUACAAAUUAAAGUCAUCACGCUAUACAAUGAACAUUAAUUUAUUAACUGAACUUAUCAACUAAGGAGAAUAUAAUUUCUUUAUUCAAUUAUAUUGCCUUGAAGUGUAAAAAUCCUACAUUAAAGUGGCACAAAAAAUUACUGUCUCUAUCAUGUUCAUAUGUAUUAUUUCGAUUGCGCUAAGUCAAGAAAACCAACUAAUGCUAAAGGGCUGUAAAAAUUAGGAUGUUUUCAUCAAAGAGACGAACUUUUUGACGA